CUCACUACUCUUCUAAUAUUGAUACAAAGAGGAAGCAGUGGAAUUCCAUGUUGGGCAAUUUUCAAUUUUCCCACUGCCAGAGGAAGGCGUGGCUGUCCCGCCAUUAAAAUCCUGCUUCCUCAGAAUGAUCUCGAAAAAAAUGACAUUUGUUUAGCUGUGGAUGUUAAGUGGAGCGCUUCCUCCUUUCCGUAAUGAGAAUCUUUACUAAAUCCUGAAAAACCCGUUGUCAACCAAGUUUCGCAUAAUGCACUGAGCACCCGUACAGAAGCACGAGAGGAGAGAGUGCUGCUAAAAACAAAGCCGCCUUAUAAAUAUAGUUGUAAAUGUAUAUAUUUCACGUAUAUAUUAUUUCCUCUUGCGUACAAUAAGCACACCCAGGAUCAACCCUUUCAUUACAUGCAUUACUAUGUAAUAUGAAUUCUUUCUUUUGUUUGCACACGGUGCUGAAGGUUGUUCAGAGGUCAGUCUGUACAGUAUGUUUGGCCUCAGGAUAUAGAGUGUGAAUGUUUUCCUACUGUUGUUAUUGUCGUCGUGGUACCUGCUGCUCACUUGUCCCAUGUCUGCUGCCCCGUCGUUCCAGGAGAGUCUCGUUGUUUGUGCUGGCAUCUGUUGUGGUUAUUUAUGGCCGGUCCCUGCGCCCGGAGUCUCCACCUUCAGCCAGGUGUUGGAAGAAGAGCUCAGCCCAAUGCAGUGCUGGAGAAAGUUUAUACAUCCAUCACGAAGAGUCCGGACUCCCGACAUCUGCACGGCCUGUCCAAGCAGCUGGACUGGGAGGUGCGAAAGGUCGAGCGUUGGUUCAGGCACCGCAGGAACCAAGACAAACCCAGCACGCACACCAAGUUCUGUGAGAGCAUGUGGAGGUUUACAUUUUAUUCGGGCAUUUUUACCUACGGCUUCUGGUUUCUGUGGCAGUCCCCUUGGAUGUGGGAUACACGGCAUUGCUGGUACGGUUACCCCUACCAGGUCAUGACCCCGGGUCUUUACCACUACUAUGUGAUAGAACUGGCCUUCUACUGGUCGCUCAUGUUCUCCCAGUUCACCGACAUAAGGAGGAAGGACUUCCUGAUCAUGUUCAUCCAUCACCUGGCUACGGUCGGCCUGAUCAGCUUUUCCUACGUCAACAACAUGGCGCGAGUAGGGAGCCUGGUGAUGUGUGUCCACGACGCCUCUGAUUUCCUGCUGGAGGCAGCCAAGCUGGCGAACUACGCCAAGUACCAGCGUCUGUGUGACUUCCUCUUCAUUGUGUUCAGCGUGGCUUUCUUCAUCACACGACUUGUUGUUUAUCCAAUAUGGGUCCUGAACUCCACUAUGUUCGAGAGCUGGGCCAUAGUCGGGCCGUUCCCGUCCUGGUGGCUCUUCAACUUCUUGCUGCUCGUCCUUCAGUUGCUGCACGUCAUCUGGUCCUACCUCAUAUCCCGUAUAGCUCUCAAAGCCGUGCUGCGCGGCAAGGUGUGUAACGACGUCCGCAGCGACAUUGAGAGCAGCUCAGAAGAAGAGGCCUCCUCGCCCGCAGCAGGACACAAGACUUCAGCUCAUUCUCCCAAGGGACAAAACGGCACCAACGGCCACUGUGCUGCUGCCGCCAAGGCCCAGGCGCAGAACCACUGCAGCUGGUGACAAGGAGCCUGGCGCCCCCUGCAGUUUAUUCCCCUUGACUACAUCCCUACGUGCUUUGUCUUUGUGUCCGUCCACUUGUCGUGUCUGCAGUCCACCAUCACACAUUUACACUGACAGCGAGUGAGUGGGCACAGUGAGCUGAUGAUGGAUGUAUAGACACCUGAUGUGAAAUGAGGUGAAAUGACACGGAGAUCAGUGGAAGCAAAGUGAUUCUUCAAAUGGUGGGAUUUUGUUUUCUGCUGAGUUUGGUUGCCGGUCGGUUUCAACGUUCUCGCCCAGUUUUAUCGGUUGGAUGAACUUUGAUUAUUUUUGUUUUCAAAGGGUAAGCUUCCACUGGAACACAUCUGGUUUUAACUUUCAGGCAUAUUGCAUUUCUUUUUUCUAAAUUAGACAAGUCACAGCAGCUGUUAUAUCUGAGUAUCUAAUUUGUGUGACCAGAGGUGCAUGACACUUUUGCAGUUUUUUUUUGUGUAUUUAUCCUUUAGCCACAUAGCUUGGCUACUUUGUUACUUGCGUUCUGUUUGAGUUUUUGGUUUUUUUACUUCUUCUGAGUCCAAAUGUUUAUGAAAACAUUCAACUUCACUGCCUAUAGAGGAAACCAGGUAUGAGGACUGUACUAAAUGUCUGUGACCCUGUUCUAACUCAGAGCCUUGUAUAAAUGUUUUUCCAAAUGUA